CCAACCCUCCCUCGACCCGCCGCCGCCAUGGGCGACCUCACCACGUCCCUCAUCCUCCUCACCACGACGUUCCUGCUCGGCACGCUCGCGGUGCACUGGACCGCCGACCACCUGCUGCUGUGGCAGUCGCCCAUCACGCGCGCCUCGCUCCUCAGCGCCCACGGCUACUACGCCGAGACGCUCGGCCACCUCUCGGCACGCGCGCUCGCGGCGCUGUACGCCCUCGGCGGCGCCGCCGUGCUGGCGUGCUGCGUCAAGAUCGCCGCCGGGCGCGAGAGCAACUGGCUCUUCGACGGCGCCAGCCUGUUCCUCUACGGCGCAGUCGGCCUGGUGUACUUCCAGAAGAUCCGGCCAAGCAUCCUCGCGCUGCCGACGGCCGCCUCGCCCGCCGCCGACCCGCUGGACCCGCUGGACCUGACGCUCGUGCCGCUGCGCGAGCUGGCCUCGUCAAACGCCGUCAUCGCCGUGGCGCUGAUCGGCGUGCUGAUCCUGCAGGCGGGGCAGUACUAUUCGGAGCGCCUCGAGGAGCGCGAGCGCAUCGAGGAGGACGAGGCGCGCGUGCGGCGGCGGCGGCGGCGUGCCGAGAAGCUGCUGGCGACGCAGGCGAAGCUGGCGGCCACCAGUGCGUCGCAAUGAGACGGCCUCGCGGAAAGCGCUGUCGAGCGCUCGCCUCUCUGGCUCUUCGGCUCGAGUCUCACACUCCCACUCCACGCGGUCUGCACCACGCUAGGCUCUCUCUAAUGCGCAAUGAACCGCCGCUCUAUGCUAGCCACAGCGAGGCCUGAGUGCUGCCAGCCAGAUCACGAGGAGCUCAGGCCAUGCAGCGUCGGCAGAGGAGGCAUGCAUUCAGCCUCGACGUCCACGCUUGUGCGGCCGGGGCGCCUCGCCGCCCUCGCGCCCAGCCGCCGCUGCCCUCUUGCGCUGCGGGACCGGCAGCGGCGCCGCACCGCUGCUCUCGCGCGCGCCCAUCGCCGGCAUGUCGCGGCGCUCCUUCUGCGCGUUCUUCUUGCGCCGCCGCUCGAUGCUCUUGCGCAGCUCCUUGCGCGAGCUGGCCGCCGGCGUGUCGGACGAUGCCGCGCCGCUGGCG